AUGGUCUAUUAGCAAUAAUAGCAGCUACGGCAGCCCCGGACCCGGGUCAUAAUGAAGGCGGAGGAGCCAGGGAUGCUCCAUGCUACCUCCGCAGUGCAGGAAGCCCUCUCCAGGCAGACGACCUAAUCCAGGCAGCGAGCUGACUCCGGGAUAAGCACAGCGGUGACAGCUGAGCGCCGGCCGCGAGCGCCAGCAGCAGCAGCAGCAGCAGCAACAGCGGGCUCUUCCCAGCGACCAGUCGCGCAACCCGAGCAGGAGGAGCGUCCCGAGGAUGGGCGCUUAGCUCCGAAGGGAUCGCCUCGCCUGCCCAGACAGCUCCGGGAGCGCGUGCGGGCUAAGGGGCCGCGCGGUCAAUCUCGUCCUUGCCGGCGCGCCGCCAGACCCCCACCCCUACCCCUCCGUCCGUCCCUCGGCGUUACAGGCGGGCCACCCUGUGGAUGUCAUUGAGGGUGGAGGUGCCGCUCUGCUCGCCGCCGCCGCCCCCGAAAAGGCACUCGGGAGCUGGCGAGCCUUUGUAGGGGAUAGACCUUGCCACGGACCAGCCUAGAGUCACGACGGCCGCCGCCGCUACAAAGGAGCGACCCCUGCCAAUGUCAUCAUCGGCCAUCGAAAGGAAGAGCCUCGAGCCCUCCGAGGAGCCAGUGGAUGAGGUGCUCCAAAUCCCCCCUUCCUUGUUAACAUGUGGAGGUUGUCAGCAAAACAUUGGGGAUCGAUACUUCCUUAAAGCCAUUGACCAGUACUGGCAUGAAGAUUGUCUGAGCUGUGAUUUAUGUGGGUGCCGACUUGGAGAAGUGGGAAGGAGACUAUAUUAUAAACUGGGCAGAAAGCUCUGUCGAAGAGACUAUCUCAGGCUUUUUGGACAAGAUGGUCUCUGUGCCUCCUGCGAGAAGAGAAUCCGAGCCUAUGAGAUGACCAUGAGAGUAAAGGACAAAGUGUACCAUCUGGAAUGCUUCAAGUGUGCUGCUUGCCAGAAACAUUUUUGCGUUGGUGACAGAUACCUUCUCAUAAACUCAGAUAUAGUAUGUGAGCAAGACAUCUAUGAGUGGACUAAGAUCAAUGGAAUGAUGUAACUCACUUGUGCCUCAUAGUCUUAAAUACAUUUCAUGAGUGACAUAUAUUUUUGGCUAUGGUGAGGUUAUUGCUCACAUCUAUAUGCUUUCUGUAAGGACGGGGGAAAUGGAACAAAAUACAUAGGCAUUGCAUCUAAUAAAAUAAGUGACGAUUGAAUAAAAGGCAACAUUAUUUCUUUUAGCAAAUAUACUGUGAUAAUAAACUGACAUUAUUAGAGUUAUUAAUUGAAACUAAUACAAAGCAACAAUGGAUACUUUUAAACUGAAGUACGAUUAGCUAACUUUGUGGAUUUAUCUUCUCUAACCUGGUACUUUUCAGAUGAAUCGAGUCUACAAAUCCCUAGAAAUCUAGCAAUUGUUGUCCUAAGACGUCUGGCACAUGCUGGCUUCAAGGGUGGCCUUAACACUCACAAACAAAUUUGUUAAAUUUUGCUUAUUUUGUAUCUAUCUAGAGUUAAUCCCAGCAUUAAUAUUAAAUGUAAGAGCAUCAGGAGACUUGUAUGUCUGAAGAAGAAGGGGCUUUCAAAUAAGUGUAUCCCCCCACUUUAAUGAUACUCUUCUUUUUAAAAAUGAAAAUACAAUUUUUGUACAAUUACAAUUGAACAAUUGCUCCAGUGCAAAAGAUGAUAUCUCAUCAGAUAUAAUUAACUCCUUGUGAAAUCCAUGAGAGUUAAUGGCAUGUAACUGGAGAGGGAGGAAAGACUGCAGCCUUAAAUGGUAAUUAUUUCAAAUAAUGCAUAGCUACCUUCUGUUAAUAUUGUUGGAAGGUGAGGAAUUACUACUCCUUUCUAUACAAUAUUUUUUUAAGUUCUUCAACUAUUUUAUUAGAAAAUGUAAAUACAUUAUUGUAUGUAGUAAGAUACUGCAGACUUCAUUAAAUAGACUUGAUCGAAGAGUUGUGACAUUUUUCAUUCAAUAAACUGGCAGCUUUUUAAUUAUUUUAGUGCAAUAAAUAUAUGGUUCUUGUAUGGCUCAUUUAUUUGUACAGAGUAUCUUGCUUUGAGCUCAGAUUUUGUUUGAAAACAACACUGUUACUCACUGUAUUAAAUAGAUUCAAAGGAGAAAAUUUAAGUCUUCCUAAUAAUAGAAGAGAUUGAUUUCCCCAAUCUUUUGAAGAUUAUUUAUCCUUUGAUUGCUAUGUGCAUUGCAAUAUAUAUUGUAGGUGCCUCUCACAUUAAUUUGUGAUGUGACUAGUCAUGACUAAUGUCAUGAAUUAUUUGACUCCUCUAGUCUCCCUACAUAUGCCACCUAAAAUUGUUUAGAUUAAAAUGGGUUGAUGCUUUAGCUGUGAUUCUGAUAUUAUCCUUGCAUUUUGAGAACAGAAACAUUUGCAAAGCAAUUCCUGACAUGUAGCAAUGCACAUCAGCUUUCACAUCUUUCCAGAGCAGCCUUAUUAUGCACGUUGAUAUGGAAUUAAGUUUUUCAGUAUUCAGUGAGACUAUAUUUUCUAUAAAGUAUACUUAGGAUUGUAAUUAUUUUUCUUUAUUCUUUAACUUUCAAAAGUAUGAAGAGCUAAUGCAGCUUUAAUAACCACCCCUUAAUUCAUCCAUAAACAGUAGAUAACUUGCUUUUCUUGAAACUGAAAAGCAAGUGAUUUUUUCACAAAGGCUGCAUGCAGUUCAGUCACUCAUUUAGUGCAAUCCCCUGAAUAAGCAUUAAAGAAAUUUUGGUGUAAUCUUGCCAUUAAUUUUAUAUAAGCAGAAAGGUUAUAGCAGAAUUCAUGGUGAUUAAUAAGUCAUGCUAAAAAUAUGAAUUUCCAACAAAUAUAUUUAUUUUGGAGUGGAAGCUCUACCCAUUGUUUAAACAAACAAUGUCUUGAUGGGAUAUUAUGAAAUGAUGUUUUUACAUAGUAAAACAAUGAAAGAAAAUUGAACAGAAAAGUGGAAUUGAAAUUGAACAGAUUCAGAUAUCAAUCUAAAAUGUCUUGGACAUUGUACUUAAAUUUGUAAAAUCUGUUAGACCAGUAAUAUUUUAUUUGGUCUAGUAGUUACCAAUCUAUCACCAUUUACACCUGUACUAAAAAACCAGUCAAAUAAUUUUGCCUACAGAUUUAAAAAGUCCUGAUAUCCCAUACAUUCUUGGAAGAAAAAACUGUGACAAUGAAAGUCACUCAUUCUGCAGAAAUAUCUUAUUUACCAAAUAAGAUAUUUUUUCCCUCCACCCUUCAAAAAUUACCUUAAAGUUGGAAUCUUAGAUCAGCUCAAAAUAAUUUAAAUUAUUGAAAAAAGAA